AGACUUCCAUCUGAUACCUCAGAGAGGCUACGCGCUUCUUUCUCGCAUUAGACUAAUAAUGGAUUCGUAACCCCGUAGGGCGCGCCCAAAGGGCCAUUCAGGCUGCAACAUGUCCGUUCUAUGGGCGCGGCCUCUUCCAAAAAUCGUCAAGGGCCUGGAAUCGUCCUGUGUUGGCACAGCGAACGUGUAGUCUGCGACGCGGCUCGCGGCCUUAAAGGAACCCAAUGGAAGGGAUGUUGUCGUCGGCUCCGUCUCCUGCUGCUGCCGUGCACACGCUCACUUACCGACCCGGUCCGCGCACACAAAUCUGGACGUUCAUCAUGACCAAGCACGAUAACGAUGGAAUCACCUCCAUUCCGACGGGCGAGGUGGCGGGUGUCGCACCCAUUUCGGCCUCAUCUUCCACUGACUCCGUGCACAGGAGUACGACUGUUGAGACGCCGGUCGCCCCUCGCUCGGAUGCCAUUUCUGCUGCCUCGGACAUCGACGAGGGAGUGCCUAGUCAACCUGAUAAUGAGGAUGAUAUCAAUGAGGAGAACGGGUCGGACGCGGAAAUCGAAGCCCUGUUUGAAGAAGCUGGUGCUGAAGUGCGCGGCAGGCAGCACUACACAACACAGGUGGCGUCGUUGCCGGACCAGAAGACUGUUCGUUCUACCCCAACUUCCACUGUGAUCCCCGAAAUCAAAUCCGGCAUUCCUGUUGCAUCUACCACGCUAGUCAACAGUGAACUCUCUGAUAAGCACCUCACCCGGAAACUUAGCAAGAGUAUUGGCCCUGGGGAAGACAGAGUCAUCCAUAGCCAGACCGAUUCCAGGCCUGAUGCUAGCAACCACGGCGACCACGGCACCAGCAGUGGCACCACCAACGAUACCCCCGAUGGUCCUGCCGUACCUACGGCUGCACUGGUAACUGCAUCGACAGCAGCCUCGACAGCAGCAUCAACAAAGGCAUCACUGGCGGCACCAACAGAGGCACCAGUAAUUGUAUCAGUAACGGCAUCACCGGCGUCACCAGUGCCUGUGCCGGCGCCGACAGCAACGGCGGCACCGGCACCAGCAGAUACUUCACGGCGGUCGUGGCCACAGUUUUUUAGGGGCUAUUGCUCUCGUUUUACUGCGUGUUGUUGCUGCUGAGGUCCACCUUCGCUUGCGCGCAACAUAUCAGUGCAGCUCACCAAAAAUCUUCAAGCACUCAAUCACCGUAUUCUACACCUCCUGCACGAACAUGUGCCUUCAUGUCGAUUCCCGGCCGUGUUCAACUCCCUGCGGAUGUAGAGACGUAGAUUAUAUCUGUGUAAAUCCGAUCAUCAUCGAGGCGCCUGAGCUGAAAAAUUUUUGUGAGUCUUACUCUUGGUGCCU